UUCAAAUAUUAAUUAGCUUUAAGAAUUUUCUAAAACGACCAGCACGCUUUGCUCUAUAGUCGGUCGGUCUUCUUUAGCAUUAUUUCUAGUGUAAGCAAACCCUGACUUAAGCUUCAUGUCGUCGCCUGAAACGAGUUCCCGUGCGAGCCCUAAGAGGCGCCCGCCGCCGCCGCCGGUGCCCUCGGGGUCUCCGGUGCACCACCCGCGCUCCUUCAAGCUCCGUUUCGCGGCCCAACACGUGCCGGGACACUCGUACCAGUCAGCUGUUCGCCCGCUCAAACUACCGACUUUGGUGACAGACAAGUUUUGGCGUCGCGCAGGCCGCGAGGAAACCGUGGAAGCGGAGUCUGAAGAGCGGGCUCUGAACAAAGUGCGAGACAUGUUCGAGCUGGGGCCGAGGGAGAAAUACGCCAGGCCUGUGCAGUCCUCGCACGAGUACGGAUGGUGGGAGGCGUAUGCCCCUCAAAUCUGGGCGGCUCCUCGGAAUGACCGGCGGUUACAUCAUGGCCUGAGGGACUCCGCGUGGCUCAAGCUACGCGCUCGGGAGCUGGUGGAGCCACCACAACGGCAACGAUAA